CGAUACAUCUUCCAUUCCUCUCCCGAAGAAACCGCGAGAUCUAUUCCCUUUCUCCUUCCCCUCAUGGCCUCCUCAGCGUCGCCGGCGAUCCUUCCGAUCUCCAAUUCCCAGCCGGCCACGGGGGUCAGUUCUAACGUCGAUGGAUCCGCCACUGCACAGUCUGCAGCUCCGGUGACGACCCCAGCUUUCCGCCUCUUCCUUUCCCGCCUUCAAGAAUCCGUCCGCCGUUCCCUGUCAGAUCGCCGCCCCUGGUCAGAGCUCGUUGAUCUAUCGGCAUUCUCCCGCCCGGAGUCUCUCUCCGAUGCAAACUCCCGCGUUCGUAAGAAUUUCGCCUACUUCCGCGUCAAUUACCUUGCCCUAAUCGCCGCCGUCCUCGUCCUCUCCCUCAUCACACAUCCUGCCUCCCUUGUCAUCCUCCUGGGACUGCUUGCAUCGUGGUGCUUUCUUUAUCUCUUCCGUCCCUCUGAUCCACCGCUCGUCCUCUUUGGCCGCAGCUUUUCCGAUCGUGAAACCCUACUUGGUCUAACUGGCAUAACCGUCUUCGUAGUCUUCCUCACCUCUGUUGGAUCUCUCAUAAUCUCUGCAUUUAUGAUUGGCGUCGCACUCGUAGCCGCUCAUGGAGCAUUCCGCGUGCCUGAUGAUCUUUUCCUUGAUGACCAGAUGCCAGGCGGCGCAGCGACGGGAUUCUUGUCGUUCCUUGGCGGAGGCGCUUCAACUGGAGGUCCGACGACCGUCCUUGCUCGUGUGUGACACAUAUCUGACACGGAUCUUAAUUCCAAUCCAUGAGGUUGGUUGGGGCUGCUUCUUAUCUUCCAGUUGUUUAUGUUUGAGUAGACAUAAAGCGUUGUAUUAUUGUUUGUUCUUUGUUUGUUGUCAUUCUGAUACACGCUAGAGAAAAUAUCUAAGGGCCUAUGAUUUGUAAUUUUUGGAAAACAUUGAAUUU